AUGGCGUACUACGACGAGCGUCCCUAUUAUCCUCGCGAUCGUUACACUCGCCCAUCCAGCGUUUACUCGCAAGGCUAUUACUCUGGGGACGGCCCCUACAGUAGUAGUCGCCAUGAAACGGGCAUCACCCGGCGCCAUAACGGGAGCAACGAAUCCCUUCCGGGAGAUUAUGGUUAUGAAUACGGUUAUGGUCUGCCCCCUCAGCCUCGUCGAUCCAGGGUAUCCACAGUCCAGGAAGGUGUACACAGGUCGCACUCCAUGGGAGGAGGCCAUAGGUCGUACUAUGAUGACCCCGAUUAUCAUCAUUCACGACAUAGUCGACGCUCGAGGCGUCACGAUUAUGAUGAUCCACCAGGCGACCGUUACAGGCGCACCCAGCGGUCUCCGUCAAGCAGUCGAUCGCCGCCUCCCCGCAGGCGCCGCAAAUCCUUCUCAGAACAAGCGAUGGAAGCCUUGGGUAUGGGUUCGGCUACGUCCUCAGCCUCCAAGCAUCGCGACCACAGUCGUGGACGCCCACAUGGUCACCAUCGUAGGUCUUAUUCCUAUUCGCCAUCUCCAACUCGGAGCAAAAGCCGUCGCCGGGAGCGGAGUGAGCAGCGAAUUGCACAGGCCAUGAAAGCAGCUCUGACCGCAGGCGCGGUGGAAGCGUUCCGUGUGCGCAAGGAACCCGGCGAAUGGACAGGCGAUAAAGGUAAACGAAUCCUUACGGCCGCUCUGACUGCUGGAGGAACCGAUGGAUUAGUGGACCGAGACCCGAACAAACAUUCUAAGCGCCAUAUCAUCGAGUCGACCCUGGCUGGCCUGGCUGCAAACCAUUUUGUGAACGGCCCUCGGUCCCGGUCCCGGUCCAAGUCCCGUGGCCGCGAAAAAAGUAGAAGCAGAGUGCCCGACCUUGCCGCCGCCGGUGCCUUGGCCGCCGCCGGGAAAGAAGCGUACAAUCGAUUCAAAUCCAGGUCCAGGUCCCGACCACGUGGUCGAUCACACUCACGAGACAGCCAGGAAGAUUCUCCGCGUCGGGAGAGGAGGCGAAGUAAAAGCAUAUCGGACUAUAUCAACCGAGGCAUGGAAGCCCUAGGCCUGGAGAACAAGGAUAAAGACAAAGAUGACAGGAGAAGACCUCGCGACCGACCCUCUCGCCGGGACGACUACUCGGGAUAUGAUUCUGACAGCGAUUAUGGAUCUAAGCACCAUGGGAGCUCUAGACGGACGCGGCAUUCUAGAGAUGUAGGUCGAUCUCUUCACCCUGGCAGUAGCUAUGAGUCACCCUCCAGCGCUAGGUCCGGAGCUAUAGGCAAGGAAGGCCACGCUUACUACCAGGAUCGUGAAAAUCAUAGCUCAAACUCGGAUAAGGAUUCUGACCUUGGAAGCAGUACCGAUGAGGAGCACCGGCACAAGAAGCUAAAACGAAAAACCCUCCUGGCAACCGGACUGGCCACCGUAGCAACCAUCCACGCCGCUCACGGUUUACACGGAAGCAUGGAGAAGCACAAGAAACGCGUCAAAAUGGUCAAGGAGGGCGAUAUGACCGCAAAAGAAGCACGGAAACUCAGGCUAAAAAACAAUCUUACCGACGCGGCCAGUGUAGGUCUCGCAACGCUGGGCAUCAAGGGUGCGGUUGACGAAUGGAGACACGUGGAUCAUAUGCGCAAAGAGCGCCACAAUUUCCGGAAAGAGUGCGAUUCAAGACGAGAACGCCGUCACAGCCGAGCCCAAAGCCAGGGAUCUUUGCCCUACCGUCGCACGAUGUAUCCCGAUGAAAUCGAAGAAUGCCAUAUCUCAGACAACGGAUCGAGAAGAGCUAUGUCGGUGGCCCAGGAAGUAUGA